GAAGGGAUAGAUACAUUUGAAGGAUCACAUAUAACAACGUCGAUUCAAACCCCGAAGCAACCGCUCCAUACAUUUACUUCCGUUUCCGUUCAAUAACGUGGCGCACUCUGGAAACAUCGCACGUGCAUGCAUGCAGGUCCAAGGAAACGCUAACCCGGCGCUAACGAUCAGACCGAGGCAUCUUUUAUUCCGCCGGGCUUUUACCCCAGAUGAAUCCUUUCUUUUUUGAGGAUCCAAGUGUUCCGAGGUCUGUGAGAAUCUCCUCAAAUAAUCCACCUGUUCUUCUUUCACAACUUCAUACUCUUCACUAUUGAUUGAUCGUUUCUCAAAUCUUAUUAUAUCUUCGUCUUGCAAUACUUUACCCAGAGCCAUAUCAUUAUAAACAAGAACACAGCAACCAUGGCUUCUAAACAACAACUCCGCACAACGGUCACUGACCUUCUUAAGAUCAACCAUCCUAUCAUCCUCGCUGGAAUGAACGUUGCUGCCGGGCCUAAGCUCGCAGCUGCGGUAACAAAUGCCGGUGGUCUUGGUGUUCUAGGAGGUAUCGGAUACACUCCAGAUAUGUUAAGAGAGCAGAUCGCGGAGCUCAAGUCAUUUUUGGAUGAUCAAAACGCUCCCUUUGGUGUUGAUCUCUUACUCCCACAAGUUGGAGGAUCUGCGAGAAAAACAAACUACGAUUAUACCAAAGGAAAACUAGACGAGCUCAUUACCAUUAUCAUCGAGAGCGGUGCCAAACUCUUUGUUUCCGCUGUCGGCGUACCACCAAAACAUGUCGUUGAACGACUACACAAAGCUGGUAUUCUUUAUGCUAACAUGAUCGGACACCCAAAACAUGUUAAGAAGUGCCUCGACCUCGGUGUUGAUAUUAUUUGCGCACAAGGUGGAGAGGGUGGUGGACACACUGGAGAUGUUCCCACAACUGUCUUGAUCCCAGCAGUUGUCGAGCUCUGCAAGGGAAAGACCAGUCCAAUGAGUGGAAAGCCUGUUCAAGUUGUCGCCGCAGGAGGUAUUUUCAACGGAGCAACUGUUGCCGCAGCUUUAAUGUUGGGCGCAAGUGCCGUUUGGGUUGGUACCAGAUUCAUCUUGACUGAUGAGGCCGGUGCACCAAAAGCUCACCAAGAGGCUGUGAGAACCGCUGGUCACGAUGAUAACGUUCGCACCAUCAUCUUCACUGGUAGACCAUUACGAGUCCGAAACAACGAUUAUAUUAAGAACUGGGAAGAGAACCGUGCUUCCGAGAUCAAGGAACUCACAUCCAAGGGUGUUAUUCCAGUCGAACAUGAUUUCGAAACUCUCGGUGAUGAUAUUGAUGACGAAACUAUGGACAACGCACGACCAUUCUUGAUGGGUAAAGCGGCUGCUGUUGUCAAUGAGAAGAAGAGUGCAAAGGCGGUCGUUGAUGAAUUGGUUAGCGAUGCCGUAGCAUGCAUCCACAAGGGGGAGAAGUUGACGGCGAAGUUGUAAAUAAUUGUAUCCGUUGAUGCAAUGGGAUAUUGGGCGGAGUUGAUGAGGUCGAAAUCAUGAGAUGAUUCGCAUGAUGGCACGAUGGAUUAAAGUGGCUACCUCGGCUACGGCUGAGGUGAUGAGUAGGUGCUACUCGAUUAUUUUAGACUGCAUAGCGUGGUAACUGAGUAGCUAGUAUUGUAUUUCCAUGAGGAUUUGAGCAGCGAGGGGAAUUGAAUAUUGAUAUAUCUACUAGGUGUCUAUUUGCGAUUACAAUAAGGAGUUUUAUUAUUUUCAAUGCUCUUGAAUGGGGAAAAAUAAUGUUGCAGUGUGCAAAUGAUCCCGUUUCUUCCUAUCUAAUAAUCAAAUCGGAAAGGUCAUCCAGAGUGAUGUAUAAAAUUAUCGAUUCAUCAAACUAGAAUGUUCACUGUAUGACUGAAUAGCUAGGUAGGCACGGUAGGUAGAUAGCUUUGGAGCAAUUGAAACACUCUGGAAACA